AGCCUUUGUCGGAGUCCUCUUUCUUCGGUUCCCUCUCUCUCUCUCUCUCUCUCUCUCUCCCCCUUCUCCACUCGCGCGCCUCCCUCGCCACAUCGACCUCUUCCUCGCUCUCGAUCGAAACCCUAACCCUAAAUUUCCGGUGGCUUCUACAUUCGAAACCCUAAUUCUGUCCGAAAACUCUGUUCGCGUCGGGGGAUCGGGGUCGUCUCGGGUGGGCGGCGACGCGGCGGCGAUCUCGGUGCGGAAACCCUACGGGAUCUUGCGUGGAGGGAAAUGAGGGAUGUUUUCGUGGUUGUCGAGGAUUGCGGCGGCGUGCAUGGGCCCGGUACGGAGGUACGCGCGUAUGAGCAAGGAUGAGGGGGGCGGCGACGACGGCGGAGACGACGUGCUGCUGUGGUCGCGGGACAUCGGGCGCCACGCGGCGGGGGAGUACUCGUUCGCCGUCGUGCAGGCCAACGAGGUGAUCGAGGACCACAGCCAGGUCGAGACCGGCGUCGCCGCCACCUUCGUCGGGGUCUACGACGGCCACGGCGGCGCCGACGCCUCGCGAUUCAUCUCCGACCACCUCUUCCUCCACCUCGUUCGGCUUGCUCGGGAAAGUGGAACGAUAUCUGAGGAUGUUGUUAGAAAUGCAUUUUCUGCAACUGAGAAUGGCUUCCUGGCACUUGUUCGGAGAAUGCGUGAAUUUAAGCCUUUGAUUGCUGCUGUUGGAUCUUGUUGUCUGGUUGGUGUUAUAUGGAGAGGAACUCUCUAUGUAGCUAAUGUGGGAGAUUCUCGAGCUGUCAUUGGUUGUUUGGGUAGGUCAAACAAAAUUGUCGCUGAGCAACUGACAAGAGAUCAUAAUGCUAGUGUGGAGGAAGUGAGACAAGAACUUCGAUCUCUUCAUCCGGAUGAUUCACAUAUUGUGGUACUUAAGCAUGGGGUAUGGCGUAUCAAAGGCAUUAUUCAGGUUUCAAGAUCUAUUGGUGAUGCAUACUUGAAGAAGCCGGAGUUCUCCGUGGAUCCAUCUGUGCAGCGAUUCCGGCUGUCGGAACCUCUUCGUCGCCCCGUACUGACAGCAGAGCCGUCCCUAUACACGCGAGUGCUUUGUCCACAAGAUAAGUUCUUAAUAUUUGCAUCUGAUGGACUGUGGGAGCACCUGACGAACCAACAAGCAGUCGAGAUCGUCCAUAAUUACCCAAGAGCAGGAAUUGCUAGGAGACUGGUUAAAAGAGCUCUCGAAGAAGCUGCACGGAAGAGGGAAAUGAGCUAUGCAGAUCUCAAGAAACUGGACAAGGGGAUCCGCCGUUUCUUCCAUGAUGACAUUACGGUGAUUGUUAUCUUCAUCGAUCACGAGCUAUUGCAAGAGAGUAAUCCAUCUAUACCGGAACUCUCGAUCCGCGGGUUUACAGAUGCAGUCAUGCCCUCAACUUUUUCGGUGUUGGAUGGUAUUACGUAGCAAUCUAAUCUGGUAGCUUUUGUUGUUGUUGUAGUUUAAUUGCAUUCUGAAUUUUAAUUUCACCAAGGGUUGGCACUUCUCUGCCAUUGUUGUAGCUAAGUAGCAUCAUGCUUCAUCUUUUUAUCGCCACUUGAAUACUAGCAUGAUAUGUACACAUUGUUGUUUUUGGUGUUCAAGAAUAACCUAGUGUGCGCUGAUAACUAUCU